AUGGGCAUCCUCGUGGAGGACUUCGCGAGCGGGAAAAAUACUACGGCCCUUCCACACGGCAUCCAGACCUUUACCUGGGACACGAAGAUUCGUGAGUUGUUUCCGGAUGGUGAAUGGGAGCUCGCAGACGCGUGGGCCAGCCAGAAGGCGAACUUGCGGGACGUGCUGACCCACGUCUCUGGCCUGCCCCGCCACGACUUUUCCUAUAGCUUCCAGGACACGUCGCUUGAUGUUGUGAAGCGGCUGCGGUACCUCAAGCCUGCGUUCGAGCUGCGUGAGCAAUGGUACUACAACAACCAGAUGUAUGUACUGGGUGCGCAUAUAAUCUCGAAGUACGCCGGCGUGCCGUUCUCAAGCUGCGGCCGAGGGACGACUCAGCUAAAGUUGGUUGUUGCGGGACCCGGAGGGGUCGUGUCGAGUACAGUCGACAUGACAAAAUGGCUCGCAAUGCUCCUGCACAAAGGCGUUGAUCCACGUACGAAUCUCACGGUCAUACCAAAGGCUGCAUAUGAAGAAUCAACGACGGCGCAUUCAGUCUCACUUGGCAAACCCUCAAGUCCUAUCACCUCUCUCAUUGGUUAUGGAAUGGGUUGGAUGCGCCUGUCAUAUCAGGGCCGCGACAUGGUGAUGCACACCGGGAGCUUGCCAGGCUUCCAAACAUUAGUAGCUUUCAUGCCGUCAGACAAGCUGGGUAUCGUCGGUGUUGAAAAUACCGACGACCCGUCCGGCACACUUUCCGCAGUGCCGUUGCGUAUUCUCGAAGAUCUACUGGGCUUGCCGCAUAGCAUACCAGGCAUACUCGCGCAGUCCAGCAAGUUCACGACGUAUCCUCCGCCACUGCGGAGCACAUCCCUUGCCUUCGAAGAUCCCAUUCCCGCUACCGUAGCACUCGAGGAGUUCACGGGAACGUACGUGAAUGCAGGCUAUGGCAACUUCACGCUAUGUACACCCGCGAGCGUCUCCGCGUACUGCCGGCAAGUGUUGAACGACUACGCCGCCGUGCGCAACGUUUCUGCUUCGGACUUGCCCAGUGCGCUCUACGCUGCAUGGCCGCGUUUGUGGUCAUCGAAGCUGCGUUUGCACCACUCCUCGAAUAUGACGUUCAAACUCGCUCUCGAAUCGCUGUUUGUGGACGGGUAUGGACGCGAUAGGACGCCGUUCGUCUACUCCAUCACUGAAGGUGCAGAUAUCGAGGUGGAGUGCGCAUUACAUGACGGGCGCGUAGCGGGAUGUGGGAUCAUGCAUGGCUUAGAUGAGUUCAAGACGCCGCCUGAAGGCACGAUGGAGGAGCGGGCGGAUGUGUGGUUCACGAAAGUCUAA